AAAGUUUACUUUCACUUUCCUUGUACUUGCUUGUGGCGCAGGUGGUAUUCUCCGUCUGAAACUCCAGCUGAAGAAUGGAUCCACGUGAGGACAAAGUGAAGGGGAGGGGACCUGGACCAGAACCUGAACCUGAACCUGAACCUGAACCUGGACCAGAACCUGAACCUGAACCCAGCUGUGUGUCCAUGAAGAGCAACGUGUCAAAAGAUAUUUUUAUUGAGUUUAAACAACAAAGUCUUCCUGAUGAAAAGAUCCAUCAGAGACCAGACUCUCCUGGACCUAGCUGUGUGUCCAUGAAGAGCGACGUGUCAAAGGAUAUUUUCAUUGAGUUUAAACAACAAAGUCUUCCUGAUAAAAAACCAGACUCUCCUGGACCCAGCUGUGUGUCCCUGAAGAGCGACGUGUCAAAGGAUAUUUUCAUUGAGUUUAAACAACGAAAUGUUUCUGACUAUAAAGUGGACCAGGGGAGCUCAGAGGCUUCCAGUGUUCAGUCUGCCCAGCAGCAUCAAACAAACCUGGACUCCGUAUUUAUGCUACUGGAGCAGAGCAUCAUCAGCUUUGUGAAGAGCGAGCUGAGGAAUAUCCAGAAGGCUCUGAGUUCAGAUUAUCCAGAGAGCCCAGAGAGACUGAUGGAGGAUGAGGAGCAGAGGAGGAGCAGCAAAGAGGCAUUUCUGGAGAUCACACUGAACUUCCUGAGGAGAAUGAAGCAAGAGGAUCUGGCUGACGUUCUGCAGAGCAGAAGUAAUUCUACAGUUUGUCAACGUAAACUGAAAACUAACCUCAAGAAGAAGUUCCAGUGUUUGUUUGAGGGGAUCCCUAAAGCAGGAACCCCAACCCUUCUGAAUCAGAUCUACACAGAGCUCUACAUCACAGAGGGAGAGACUGUAGAGGUCAAUGAUGAACAUGAAAUCAGACAGAUUGAAACAGCAUCCAAGAAACCAGACAGACCAGAAACAAUAAUCAGACAGGAAGACAUCUUUAAAGCCCCACCUGGAAGAGAUGAACCAAUCAGAACAGUGCUGACAAAGGGAGUGGCUGGCAUUGGGAAAACAGUCUUAACAAAGAAGUUCACUCUGGACUGGGCUGAAGAAUUAACCAACCAGGACAUCCACUUCACAUUUCCGUUCACUUUCAGAGAGCUGAAUGUGCUGAAAGAGAAUUUCAGCUUGGUGGGACUUAUUCAUCGCUUCUUUCCUGAAACCAAAGAAGCAGGAAUCUGCAGGUUUGAAGAGUACAAUGUUGUGUUCAUCUUCGUUGGUCUGGACGAGUGUCGACUUCCUCUGAACUUCCACAACACUGAGAUCCUGACUGAUGUCACAGAGUCCACCUCAGUGGAUGUGCUGCUGACAAACCUCUUCAAGGGGAAUCUGCUUCCCUCUGCUCGCCUCUGGAUAACCACAAGACCUGCAGCAGCCAAUCAGAUCCCUGCUGGCUGUGUUGACAUGGUGACAGAGGUCAGAGGGUUCAGUGACCCCCAGAAGGAGGAGUACUUCAGGAAGAGAUUCAGAGAUGAGGAGCAGGCCGGCAGAAUCAUCUCCCACAUCAAGGCAUCGGGAAUCCUCCACAUCAUGUGCCGCAUCCCGGCCUUCUGCUGGAUCUCUGCUCGAGUUCUGGAGGAUGUGUUGAAAACCAGCAAAGCGGAGUUGCCCAAGACCCUGACUGAGAUGUACAUCUACUUCCUGGUGGUUCAGUCCAAAGUGAAGAAGAUCAAGUAUAAAGGAGGAUUUGAGACAGAUCCACACUGGAGUCCAGAGUGCAGGGAGAUGAUUGAGUCUCUGGGAAAACUGGCUUUUGAUCAGCUGCAGAAAGGAAACCUGAUCUUCUAUGAUUCAGACCUGACAGAGUGUGGCCUCGAUAUCAGAGCAGCGUCAGUGUACUCAGGAGUGUUCACACAGGUCUUUAGAGAGGAGAGAGGACUGUACCAGGACAGGGUGUUCUGCUUCGUCCAUCUGAGUGUUCAGGAGUUUCUGGCUGCUCUUUAUGUCCAUCAGAAAUUCUUCGACUCUAGGGACAAUCUGAUGGCAGAAGAACAAACAACCUCCCACGAAUCUGAAGAGACACACCUCUACCAGAGUGCUGUGGACAAGGCCUUGCAGAGUCCAAACGGACACCUGGACUUGUUCCUCCGCUUCCUCCUGGGUCUUUCACUGCAGACCAAUCAGACUCUCCUACGAGGCCUGCUGACACAGACAGGAAGUAGCUCAGAGACCAAUCAGAAAACAGUCCAGUACAUCAAGAAGAAGAUCGAAGAGAAUCCCUCUGCAGAGAGAAGCACCAACCUUUACCACUGUCUGAAUGAACUGAAUGAUCGUUCUUACGACAGGGUUCACGUUUGAUUCAUCAAGCGUUCGUGUCUCUCCAAUCACAGCGCAAAAAUGAUCAGCUGUUGAUAAAUGUAUAUAAAUAAAUGUAUAUACUCAGAGGCCUCUUGGGGAGAGGCCUCGGAACAGAGACAUCAAAGACAUUGAAGGACACAACCAUAGACUGUAUAAAUAAUGGACGUAGUCACCGUGACGUCACCCAUUGGUUUGUGGACUGCCCGGUGGAAGCAUUGAGUUCAGCGUUUCACUCGUCACCAUCUUGUUUCCGAUUUUGGGAGCCGACCAUAUCUGGACUGUGGAGGAGCGAGAGGGAUCUUUGACACUGACUCUCUACACCGGCAAGACUGAGCCGGCAAAACUGAGCAAAGCCGCUGCUGGAGCAUUUACUGGGAUGUUAGUUUUGGCAAAAAACAAAAUGUAUGAUUCUGACCUCAGAAAACUCAACAGCGACUCUUUGGAGUGUCUAUUAGCCCAACCAAACGCUGAACAAGACAUUUUUACUGAACAAAACGUUCAAAUAAACUGUGAUUAAGUGAAAUUACAGUGUGAAAGGGCCAAAGUUAUGAGACCAAAUCGGUAAACGUCUUUUUAUAUCUAUUUCACAUUUUAUAUAACUUUAUUGACACAGUGCCGUGGAUAUGCAUUGUUUUUUGACUGAAGUUGUUCUCUCCUUUCAUAAGAACUAGCACUUAUUGAUGCACUAAUAGCUCUUACUGCACUAUACCUUGAUUGUUUUUUUUUUUUCUUCCUGUAAGUCGCUUAGGAUAAAAGCGUCUGCUAAAUGACUAAAUGUAAAUAAGAGUUUGUUGAUAAUUGUUUUCAUCAAAGCAGUGUUUUUUUGCAUAAUGUCCCAUUGGUCCCAUUUUGCAUAAUGUCCCAUUGGAAUGAUCGUUCUUACGACAGGGUUCCCGUUUGCUUCAUCAAGCGUUCGUGUCUCUCCAAUCACAGCGCAAAAAUGAUCAGCUGUUGAUAAAUGUAUAUAAAUAAAUGUAUAUACUCAGAGGCCUCUUGGGGAGAGGCCUCGGAACAGAGACAUCAAAGACAUUGAAGGACACAACCAUAAACUGUAUAAAUAAUGGACGUAGUCACCGUGACGUCACCCAUUGGUUUGUAGACUGCCCGGUGGAAGCAUUGAGUUCAGUGUUUCACUCGUCACCAUCUUGUUUCCGAUUUUGGGAGCCGACCAUAUCUGGACUGUGGAGGAGCGAGAGGGAUCUUUGACACUGACUCUCUACACCGGCAAGACUGAGCCGGCAAAACUGAGCAAAGCCGCUGCUGGAGCAUUUACUGGGAUGUUAGUUUUGGCAAAAAACAAAAUGUAUGAUUCUGACCUCAGAAAACUCAACAGCGACUCUUUGGAGUGUCUGUUAGCCCAACCAAACGCUGAACAAGACAUUUUUACUGAACAAAACGUUCAAAUAAACUGUGAUUAAGUGAAAUUACAGUGUGAAAGGGCCAAAGUUAUGAGACCAAAUCGGUAAACGUCUUUUUAUAUCUAUUUCACAUUUUAUAUAACUUUAUUGACACAGUGCCGUGGAUAUGCAUUGUUUUUUGACUGAAGUUGUUCUCUCCUUUCAUAAGAACUAGCACUUAUUGAUGCACUAAUAGCUCUUACUGCACUAUACCUUGAUUGUUUGUUUUUUUUCUUCCUGUAAGUCGCUUAGGAUAAAAGCGUCUGCUAAAUGACUAAAUGUAAAUAAGAGUUUGUUGAUAAUUGUUUUCAUCAAAGCAGUGUUUUUUUGCAUAAUGUCCCAUGGGCCAAAUUAAGUAGUCCAGCAGUGCACUUCAAUUAGGCUCUGAGCUUUAAAUUUGUCAUCUAAACGCUUCUGGAUACUAUUUGUAUAUAUUAUAACUAAACACGAGUUCUGAUCCUUUGGGAUCCGUUGGUAUUUUAGACUUUCAGCAUAUGUUAAGCAAUUUGUAUCACCAUGUGCUUGCUUGUGGGUUUGGCUAGCUAGCUUUGAAGUAGCUAACAUUGGUAACUACAUUGGAAUUUAGAUUUCUGCUUUUUGAGUUUAUGUAAGUAAUAGGCUGAUACUAUGCUUUGUACUUAUUCCUUUUUCAAUAUAUAUUUUCUAGCAAUUGCUUAUGACAUGUAUGCAUCUGCUUUUCUUUUGUUUCAGUUUCACAAUAUGCACAAGAAAAGUCAAGCCUGGCUGUUUAUUGGAGGAAAACAUGUUGUUAGAUAAGCCAAGUUACGCAUGUAUAGAAGUACUUGCCAUUAUCUGAAUCUAUCUUUUAGUACUUUAUUUCUUCUUAUGCACCAAUACAACACAGCAAUUUCCUUAUAUGUGAAAACCUACUUGGCAAUAAAAUCAAUUGUGAUUCUUA